AUGGCGGCAAUUAGAAACACGGACAAAAAUAGAAAACGAUGGAACCUAAAUACGUGCGUGUUUGUGUUGAUCAUCUUGAUCGCUACUAUUUUGUAUUUCUUAGCGAGAACAGUUACAGCUUUGGAGCGAAGCAGCAGUAGCAGAGAGCAACACACAUCAACCUAUUCAUCCAAAAUUGCAAACACCUUUGGCUGGUUACUGUCAGGACAAAAUGAGGAAUCAACUCAAAUUCCACAAUCAUUUUCCAGUCACCUGCUUCAAGUGUUGAAGGAGGACUUACAAGAAAUUUACAUAUUCUUUGUCACUUGGCUGUGUCCUCUUAUACCAAGGGAGAUAACUUCUGGAUUGGCUGGAAUAAUCUUGCUUGGUUUUAUGCUAUUCUCUUAUGUAAUGUCUAGAAAGUUAUCAGAUCGUAAUAAUGGAAACUGCGAUACAGCCCUCAGUAACAAUAUUCACUAUCGGACAACAUUACAGAGGGACGACAUCAGGACUAGAUCUCUGUCCGGGUCAGAUCAGCAGAGAUCUAGGAUUUACACGUAUCUCUGUAAAUUGACAUAUAGAAACAUAUUUUGGAUUUUGGUGGUUUUGGCUUUCCUGGGGAGUCUGCCAUGGGAGUUUAUUCGUCUAUAUCAGACAGAAAUUGCCAAGAAAAUGGCAAAUCUGCAAGUGGGUGUUCCUGACGAGUGUAUACCAAAGCAAGUGUCUAUACUACAGAGUUUUCGUAAUUGGGUGUAUAGCAUUUUGUCAUGGCAACCCAACCCAUGUGAGAGAUACUACAAAAUGUUGAUGGUGGAUCCUUUGUGGGAGGUGUCUCCAAUCAUGGUAUUAUCAUCCACAGUUACAAGGUGUAUUAUCUACCCGAUGGAAAUUGUUUUGGAAGGUGCUGGACGAAGUCUAAAACUUUUCUUCAACGAAAUUCCUCUUCAUUGGCAGCCUUUGAUGUUUCUCGCAGUAGUCCUCAUGCUCAUGGUCACUAUAAUAGUACUGGGAGGCUAUAGACUUCACAUACCCUUUCUGUUCAAAAUUGAACCAAAGACACCUGUUGUUGUAAAUAAGAAUGUAGUCGUUUAUAAUAAAUCACCUGUGAAGAACUCUAUAGACACACCGAAGAUUAGACAGCAUAAACGUAGAGGUCAAAAGCCCAAGGGAGAUAAGCCUGACAAAUAAAUAUAACUUUUUGUGGAUUUGAAUUGCA